UUCCCAAGAAAAUAAUAUGGACUGUACGAGGUACGGCUGAAAAUAAAGUUAGAUUAGGAGUUUGUAACAGUGAGAUGGAUGCAACAGUCGGAAUUGGAAUUCCCUCUCUACCAGAAGCCAAGUCUAAUCCUUCGGAAAGUAGCAUGAGCCCAGAGACUGUGUGCACCGGCUCGGAAAGAGAAAGUCCGAGGACCGGACACUCUUCUAUUUCACCUUCAGGACACGUUCAACCGCAUGUGUCCGGUGAGACUCUCGUAACUGGUCACUUGAAUGGAGCUGGCUCACCUGGUCAGGAGUCAGGCAUAAAUCUGUCCCCGAGCCCUCCCUGUUCCAGUCUCUUACCGGACCUGGCCACUCGCCAAUUCACGCCCGCUUCCCUCGCAUCAACCGUGGCUGGAAUGAUCGGGGCAGGAAUCAAACCAGGGGCCGAAAUGGCCUGUCACACUCCGUCUGGGGUGCCUGUUACCGGAGUUCCCUGGUCUCUUAUGACUAACAGCUACGGGUAUGGCAGUAGCCGAAUGGAGCGCCCGAUGCACACGGGUUCUCCGCCAGGGAUUCCCGCGGAGUCAGUCCACGAGUGUCGCCUGAUCGAUUACCGCGGUGCCAAAGUAGCCGCUUUCAGGGUGAAUAACGAGUACUUGCUUUGUCUCCCACAAGCCUUUGAACUGUUUCUAAAACACCUGGUUGGAGGGCUGCACACUGUUUACACCAAACUGAAACGACUGGACAUCACCCCGAUCGUGUGUAACGUAGAACAGGUGAGGAUCUUGCGAGGACUGGGAGCCAUCCAACCCGGCGUGAACCGUUGUAAGCUACUGCCCUGUAAAGACUUCGAUGCCCUGUACAAGGACUGCACCACUGCUAGUUGCAGGCCAGGAAGACCACCUAAGAGGGCUUCAAUGGUCAGUAUGUCCACCUCACCUAGCAAUUUAAUGAAGAAAGGAAGACUUGAAGUAGACUACCAUGGUUAUGAAAACGGAUUCGUGAAAGAUCACUUGGACAAAUCAUUCCUUCAUAACGGCUACAAUCACCACAUGGUGGCGCAAGCUGCAACAGCGGCAGCAGCAGCAGCGGUGGCAACUGGAGCACCCCCACACAUCAACACUUUACCCUUCAUGACACUAAACCACCAGGUGUCGCACCACAACAUGCUUCCUUGCACAAUGUCUCCAUCCUUUUCAGUUCCAUCUAGUCACUCUCAUUUGCAAGGACUUCCUCAAAGAAGUGAGGGCGUUGGUGUCAAAGAAAGGCCCGGACAUGGCUCCAAUAUUCAUUCUUCAAACAGAAUUCGAGACGAACGCUCUGACUUAGCCGGUGGUAAAGACAAACGUCACAAAUACGACAGCCAUCCAAUAAAAGAAGCAACCUACUUCAACGGUGCUGCCACCAACGGCCACAGUCCAGCCCUAAACCUAUCGCAGAACAGUAGCAGACUCGGAAUUACAGGAACGAAUCACGUAGGAGGUGAACACAGUGGAAGUGACCUAGCAUAUAAUGAUUUCUGUGACGAUGAUGAUAAUGAUACAGACUUGGACGAAGACGACGAAAGAGAACAAGACUACAGUGAUAGCGCUGACGUCAGCAGUACGGCAAACACGGACAGACUUGCAUCCAGUCAAGGGGUGUCAUUCCAGAAUGACGCAACCAUAACCAUGGGCCAGGCAGUAUUUUCCAUGGAAACAUUACUAAGAAACAUUCAAGGACUUCUAAAAAUUGCAGCAGAUAACGCCAGACAUCAAGAACGUCAGGUUAAUUUAGAGAAAGUGGAGCUGCGAGUCGAAAUCACCAGGGAGCGCGAGCUUCGUGAAAACCUGGAGAAACAGUUACUAGAAGAACAAAGGACGAGAAUAAUUUACCAGAAGCGGUUACGGAGAGAGAAACGGUCUCGAAGAAAAGUUCAGGUGCAACUGGAAGUCGAGGCUAAGAAACGAACACACUAUGAGGACGCUCUACGUACUUCCUCCGCAGAAACUCUACGUUUGUUGAACGAGUCCCUUGCGGAGGAAUUGGAAAAAGAGAGAUACAAUCGAACUGAGAGUGACAGAAAAAAUCAAGAAUGUCAGAUGCUGCUUUGAGAAGAAAUCUCCGAGUAUUCGCCAUGUUUAUCGUUGUGUGUAUAGAAUUCCCACGUUUUACUGGAAGUACUGGAUCCUGUUCAACGCAAGAAGUAAAUGGAACGAUUAGUGAAAAAUAUAUCGGGUAGAGCAACUUUUAACUUGUUUGUCAUAUGAUUAUUGGGGUGAACAUUACAGUGUUUACUACGCCCUGUUAGUUUCUUUAUUUGUGCGUAGAGUAAGCGCGGUUUCAUAUAUCACACCUAGCUGCUAUAUUAUAUAUAUUCUUGUGUAUCUGGCAGGAGACCAGAAAAUGUUGAAUUAUCGUUCGUUGGUCAAAUGCUCUGAUGUAAGAUGUAUGAAAAUAUUACACGUAGAACUGUAAAAUGUACCUGUCGUUCUUGUUGGCUGAUAAUAGUUGUUCAUUAUGCUGUUUUGGAAUCAAGGGUUUACAAGAAAGAGUCAUUUACUAACAGCUGUACGUCAAAAUUAUAAAAACGAAUAUACUCGCGUCUCUGAAAUAACAGAGUUGUGGGAAUGAUCCUUUUACUAUCAUUAGUUGAUUAUACUACUUAUAGAAGAACAUAGAGAGAGAGAGUUGCAUAAAUAUGUAU